AUGCCACCUGCCAGUGCCCAUCAGUGCCACCUCAAUGCCACAUAUCAGUGCCCAUCUGAGCUGCCUUUCAGUGUCACCCAUCAAUGCCAGUCAGUGCCACCUAUCAGUGCUGCCAAUCAGUGCCACCUAUCAGUGCUAGUCAGUGCCGCCUAUCAGUGCCACCUAUCAGUGUGCAUCAGUGCCGCCUAUCAGUGCCCGUCAGUGCUGCCUAUCAGUGCCGCCUAUUAGUGCCAGUCAGUGCCACCUAUCAGUGUGCAUCAGUGCCGCCUAUCAGUGCCAGUCAGUGCCGCCUAUCAGUGCCAGUCAGUGCCACCUAUCAGUGCCACCUAUCAGUGCUGCCUAUCAGUGCCAUAUAUGAGUGCUGUCUUUCAGUGCCCAUCAGU